CUUCUGAGUUAGCAAUUUGUGGAAACAGGAUUAGUGGGUGGGAUUGAGGUGUGCUCCACACAUAAAUAGAAGCUCAGGGCUGCGCUGGCACACUCAGAAGCUUGGCCGGCAACCCGAAAGCUCUCACAAAGCAGGUGGGUGGGGAAGUCCAGUUACAGGCAGUCAAAAAAAGAGAAAAGCAAGUUUACCAGCGUGGUGAAGCCAGCACUGGAAAAGAUUCGCCAUGGAGAAAAUUCCAGUGUCUGCAUUCUUGCUCCUUGUGGCCCUCUCCUACACUCUGGCCAAAGAAACCACAGUCAAACCUGGAGCCAAAAAAGACCCAAAGGACUCUCGGCCCAAACUACCACAGACCCUGUCCAGAGGUUGGGGUGAUCAACUCAUCUGGACUCAGACAUAUGAAGAAGCCUUAUACAAAUCCAAGACAAGCAACAAACCUUUAAUGAUUAUUCAUCACUUGGAUGAAUGCCCACAUAGUCAAGCUUUAAAGAAAGCAUUUGCUGAAAAUAAAGAAAUCCAGAAAUUGGCAGACCAGUUUGUUCUUCUCAAUCUAGUUUAUGAAACAACUGACAAGCACCUUUCUCCUGACGGCCAGUAUGUCCCCAGGAUUUUGUUUGUGGAUCCAUCCCUGACAGUCAGAGCAGACAUCACUGGGAGAUACUCAAACCGUCUCUAUGCUUAUGAACCUUCUGACACAGCUCUGUUGCAGGACAACAUGAAGAAAGCGCUCAAGCUGCUGAAGACGGAACUGUAGAGCAAAAGCAAACCUGCAAGCUCUUUCCCUUGCCUUGUGCCCCAGACUUGGAACCAGAGACGUCAGAGAGGGAGAAGCACUGUGGACAUGAUGAUUAUAUUACGGUUUAAUGUUACAAUGGCUAUGUUUUUUUUAAACAUUUGGUUUCAAGCAUACAUGUGAAAACAAUAUUAUUAACUACUCUAGUGAGCCAUGAUUUUCUAAAAAAUAAAUCCUUUUGUGGGUAUUCAAACUGAAGGGUGUUGUUUCUGUUGGCCUUUCGUAGAAAAGCUAUUUGGAACAGUUGGGUAUGGUUGUCCAAACCUGUCAUCUCUGCUCUUGUUAGACUGAGGCAGGAGCAUUACUCUGAAUUUGAGGCCAUCCUGACAUAUAAAGAAAGAUACUGUUCCCAAAAAAUGAAAGGGAAAAUGGGAGUAUUUAGGCUGGAGAGGGAGGAGAGAGGUUGGACAGG